GAAAAAUGUAGUCACUUGAAUUAAAUAUGAAUAUGGAAUCGUUAGGUAAACUCGCUGCUCCUGCCGCGGCAAAGAUUCGGCAGCUUCAGAAGAUCGUUCAGGACAUCAAGAAAAAUGACGGCAGCUUACUGAAUAAACUAAAAAGACUGAAAAGCAAACCGGUGCCAAAAGUACCUGCGAGAGAUUACAGACAUGAAGACAGGGAGUGUGAUGACUUUUCUGACCCUGAUUACGAUAAUGACACGUAUGAGGAUCCAUGUCAGGACCAUGAUGACAGCUACGAGCCUCCUCCCAGCCACAAGGUUUUCAACACAGCUUCUUCAGCUUCCUUCCCUAGGGGGGAAUAUCUUGACAGCUGCCGUAACCGGCCCGACAGGCCACCCAGGAAGCCCUUCCGCCCAGGCAAAGCCUCCAGACAACUGCCCCCUGAACCCACCGAUGUGGAGAGUGAUGAAGAAGACUACAUCAGUCCAGACGGCGGUAAUGAUGAUGACAACUACGUUGAACCUUCAGAGAAUCCACCUCCUAAUCCUAUAAUGCAUGGUGGACACAGACCAGGGAGGGACCGUCCCAUGAUGCGUACACCUUUACCAGAGCGCCCACCCAGUCCUGAUUUUUAUGAAGUUCCUGACAAAGAGGAAAACUCUUUGUCUCUUCCAACAAGCAGACUGUGUCCAAUCCCCAAGCCGCAAUCACAUUCUUUACCACCAAAACCCAGCCCCAGAAUGAAUGUAAGGAGAUCUCCCACUCAUGUCCAAGAGCCCGCAGGCGGUGAUGAAUAUGAAGUAUGUGAUCCAGAUGAUAGUUGCAGCGAUAAAUCUUCAGAGGGACCUUCCCGACUCCUACCUAAACCUUUGCCUAGAGAAAGGUCACCAAAACCACCUGUACGGCUGAGGCCAGACUUAAAACCGAGAGAAUUUGAAAGCCGAUCGCUUCCUGUGAUUCAAACUCAGCAGAAACCUCCACCAAAAGCAUUCACGCUGGACCUGAAGCGACCCAAGAUUCCUAUUCCACAGUUUACGUCCCCCAGACAAGCUGACAGAAAAAGUGCUUCUAUUGAAAAUGAGUCAACAGAUCAAGAUAAGGACGCAGACCUCUAUAAGAAACCGUGGUAUGCCGGUUCAUGUGACCGCAAGACUGCAGAUGAAGUCUUGUUUCGCUCGAAUAAAGACGGCGCGUUUAUGGUGAGGAAGAGCUCCGGUCAGGACGCUCAGCAGCCCUACACAUUAGUGGUGUUUUAUAAGGGCAGAGUGUACAACAUCCCCGUCCGCUUUACACAGACGACUCAGCAGUACGCACUGGGGAGAGAGAAAAAAGGAGAGGAGUAUUUCAGCAGCAUCUCCCACAUCAUUGAUAACCACCAGAGGAACCCUCUAGUGCUGAUUGACAGCCAGAGUAACACCAAGGACGCCGCCAAGCUGUGCUACCCCCUGAAGCCCUAGAUGAGCCUGACUGAUUGAGUA